GGAGGCGAAAGUUCGUUACUUUGAGCACUUUCUAUCGACGUCGCUCUCUGGGGAGCUCAGGAAUAGCGACCCCCAUUUGGCGGUACGAGAGCGAAUUCGCGUGUUCGGCAGAUUUUCUUGGUGGGGAAGACAGCGAGCGAGCGAGAGAGAGAGAGAGAGAGAGACCAAGAAUCAAGAAAGGAACUCUUUAUUCUUGGAGAAGUUCCAAAACCAGAAUGCAGAGUGCCUGAGAAAUCCAGGGGAGUUCCAUUUGCCCGGUGGAUAAAAACAGAGCGCGAGAGAGUAUCUCUCAAGAAUCCCAACUUCCCUCCACCGCAGAUUUCGGAGACCAUCGGCAAAAUCUUGCAAUUUCCUAUCCCUUCUGGAUUUUUGCCUUUGACAAACACCAGAAAGAUUUAAAAGCUCGCAUGCACCUCGUUAAUGAUUUCCAUCGGCUCUCCUCGAUAUGCAGAUGCAGGGCAAAGUUCCUUCCUUCUGUUCAUUUUUAUUCUCUUUGGGGGUGGCUAGACAGUUUUCUCAAUUCGAGCUGGCAGAUGUAUCUGGGAAAAUUGCAAGGUAAGUAAUUGUCAUGGGCUGCAUUAUUUCGAAGAAUUCUGAGCAAACACCCGGAUAUGAAGAGCCUAAUGUUCUUGCUGCUGCAACACCUUUUACUGCAGGUGAGGUCAAAGCCUUAUAUGUGCUCUUCAAGAAAUUAAGCAGUUCCAUUGUUGCUGAUGGGCUUAUUCACAAGGAAGAGUUUCAGCUUGCACUUUUCCGGAACAGAAAUUGUAGAAAUCUUUUUGCCGACAGGAUAUUUGAUUUGUUCGAUAUGAAGGGAAAUGGGGUCAUUGAGUUUGGUGAAUUUGUGAGAUCGCUUGGCAUCUUUCACCCAAAUGCACCGAUAGAAGAAAAGAUUGCAUUUGCUUUCAGGUUGUAUGACUUGAGGCACACUGGAUAUAUUGAGCGAGAGGAGUUGAAGGAAAUGGUAUUGGCACUUCUUCAUGAAUCGGAUUUGGAACUCUCGGAGGAUGUUGUGGAAACAAUCGUGGAUAAGGCAUUUAGAGAAGCCGAUACAAAAGAUGAUGGAAGGAUUGAUCGGGAAGAGUGGGAGGACUUUGUGUCGAAGAAUCCUUCUCUGAUAAGAAACAUGACUCUUCCAUACCUAAAGGAUAUAACGUUGGCAUUUCCCAGUUUCAUAAUGAGUUCUGAGUCUCAAGAUCCACAAGUAUGACUCCGUUCUAUCACUAAGGCAUCAACGACAUGUGGGAUCGAUGUCAUAUGGUACCAGAUGAUGCUCCUAUGUGUCUGCCAACUACCAGUUGUCUUCACAAGGUAAAACCUGAAAGAU